AUGCUGACUAGUGGAGGAGUUGAACUAACUUAGAGAUUCUUGGAAUCCAUAAUAUAAUAUGCAUUUUCAUCUGCUGCCCAUAGAUCUGUCAGAAUUCAAGCUUACAGAUUAGUUUCUCAAAUGAGUUCUUUCUUUUAAAUUGAUUGGACCUAAAUUAUUGACAGUGUGAUUUAAGAUGCUCAAAGCACUUAAGACCAUGAAAUAAUGAGUCAUUCUUACAAGAUCAUGCAGUUAAUGAAUUUCAAUGGAUAUGGCAAAGUAAUGUUUUAUUUUUUCAAUGAAAAUAAUAGGGAACUACUUAUCAAGAUUCUUGAAAUGGCUUUUAAGUCUACAGAUAUACUAAUCUAAACUGAGGCACUCUCUUAAAUUUCAAACUUAAUGAGAACAUAUUAUUCUAAUAGAAGCGACUAUAAAAAUGUGAAUGAAGAAAAUGAAGGCUUAGGAUCGACAAACUAGAUCAUCACUAAAGAAAAGUAAACCUAAUUCUUCUAUCAAUCAUUGGACUUGCCAGUAUAUGUUUUGAGAUAUGCUUUCUAGUGGCAAUUCGAGAUGAAUUAUUUCAAUUAAGAACUAUGUAUUUACCCACCUGAAAUAGCCGAAUCUGAGAAUAAAAAUAUCAACAUCUCACCAUUCUAGAUAAGGAAACUUGCAACAGACUAUCUCAAAUAGUUGUCACAGAUAAUAACCUCUAGGCAACACCCAAAGUUUAUUAAAUAUAGUGCGUUCAAUGCACUUAUUGCACUUAUCUCAAUGAAUAAUCCCAGAAAUAUAAACUUUUGUGUCUUUUAAAGCAUGGAUGAAAUACAGCAUAGUCUAAAAUAGAUAAUUACAUCAACCCUAGAUUAGUUUUAGCAUGAUUAAGAUAUACUGAUUAAAUUAGGAUUUAUCAUCCCACUCUUAAAAUUAGAACAUUAAGUUGGAGUUGCUAUAAAUUUGAUGAGUCUCGGGCAUAGUAUUUAAUCAUCCAUUGAUAGAUUUUAUUUGCUUUUGAUUUGUAAUUGGAUUCUUAUUAAAGUUUCUUUAUAACUGUUAUAAAUCAAACAGAAUUCCACUAUUUUCAUACUAUUUAACUAGCAGUGGUUUGUUUCAUUAUGGACUGAUAUUUAGGAUGAAGAUGAGGAAAAUUAAUCAGCUAGAAUUCCUUAUAGAUAUAAAGAAGAAUUAUGUCUUUCAUUAAUAGAAGCCUCCUUAAUAAAUUAUGAUGAUAUUUUAAAGUCUUUUUAAAAUGAUUUUGAUUUUGAGUUGAUGGAUGCUUGGCUAUUAUCAAGCAUUGAAGUAGCUGAAAUUUGCAGUAAAGUUAUGGAUUGGAAAAUAAAGCAAUCUCUCUUAGGAGAAAGCAUAUCUUAAGCAUACUUGCUCUUCUUAGAGGAAGUUUCUGUUAAAAUUGAGAUUAUGAUUAAAAGAAGUAUUGAAAAUUUUUAAAGUGAGUUUAGCACUAAAGCACAUGAAUACAAAAGAAGAAUACAAAAUUAAAUGGCUGAAAUCUAUAAGAGAAUGCUCGAUGAAGUUAGUAUUAUGGGUAUUAAUAAUGAUCAGACAAAUAUUUAGCUACCACUUAUUAAAGCAAGCUGUAUUUUGCUACUUUGCAAAUUCUGGGAUCCAAUAAAUACAAAAGAACAUUAAUUGAAGGGAAAGAAUGGCUUAAAAAGCGAAGAGAUGUCUUUUAUGAUAGUAAGUUAACUUUAGAAAUAACCAAUUAUUUAGAGUUUGAUAUAAUAACUACUUAAUCAGCUCUGUCAUAAUAAGGACAAGGCUUUAGAUAUGAGUCAAGGUGUAUACCUGCUAUUGAAUUCUUUGUUCCAUUUAGCAUUUCGAUUUGAAGAUUUAUAUAAAAAGACAGUCUAAGAGCUUCUAACCUAAAUCUAAGUAAUUCCUAUUCUUUAAAAAUUUAUGAUAAUAGUCUUAAUUUGA